AUGCACCUCCAGGUUAUGAGAAUAUCGCUGCUGAAGCUGUGGAGGAAACCUAAGACUCCAGAUGCUGUCGAAACCGAGUCAAGAACAGAAGAGAUUUUUGCACCUCCGAGUUAUGAGAAUAUCGCUGCUAAAGCCGUGGAGGACACUGAGACUCCAUUUUUUGUCGAAACCGAGCCAAGAACAGAAGAGACUGUCCCAGAAGAGGAUGCUGCAAUGACAAUAGAGGUUUCUCAAGGUGUAGCACCUCCAUGCAAUUAUAUCAUCAAUGGUCACCAAUACAAGAUGAGUUAUUUCUUAGCCGAUGGUAUCUAUCCAAAGUUGACUACAAUUGUACAAGCUUUAAGUCAGAUAUUGGAGGUUCCAGAAAUUGUAAGAACCAAAAAGUAUCAGAUGGUUAAAAGAAAGGAUGUAGAGCGUGCCUUAGGUGCGCUUCAAGAGACGACAGAUAAUCAUCGUUUUUUUAUGUCAAGUCUAAAAAGCCUUGAAAUGCACCUUCAAUUAAAAACUGAUUUUAUGACGCACAUUGUUGUGUAUCCUCGUAGAGGAGACCAAGCACAACCGGGAGCCCAGACAGUAGACUCGUCUAGUUUAGAGUGUUCAGAUAAGGAAUACGUAGUACUUCCAUCAUCAGGUGGAGAACAUGAAGAUACAAGCUUAGAUGAAGAAGUUGUUCAUGGUCAAAACGAGGAUGGUGUAUUUGAUUAUUAUAGAGAAUACAAUGACGAAAUUCCAGAUGACUUUGAGCAUGCAAGAGAACAUGCUUUUGAAAAUGGAUAUGAACAUGAUGGAGAUGAAGAUGAUGAUGAUGAUGAUGAGGAUGACGAUGAGAAUGAUGAGUACGAUGACGAAGAUGAGGAGGAUGAAUGA